AUGGAGGGUCCGUUCGAUGUGACAACAUGUCUCGCUACCGGUGCCGUACUUCUCGCAGGCCACCUCUACCUGUGCGGUGGUGGCUUUGUAUCCAUGAAGGACCGGAUCCUUCAACAAUGUCAAUCGUCCGAUGCGCCGGCGCAAGUGGGCCGGGUCAAAGACAGUCGCGUGGACGAAGCCUUCCUCCAACUCCGACAGAGAAUUACCAGAAUUUCGCAGGAGUGCACCCUUCAUGGAAUAUGCCUGGCCUUGCUUUGGUUCUUGUACGAGUUUGCUACGAGACCAGGGCGAGCUCAAGCUAUGAGACUUGCAGCCACCCUUUGUCCGUACUCGCUGAAUGUACUUCUUGCCAGAGAGAAGAUCGAGCUGACUAGGAGGAACCUCCAGGUGUCCCAAGCGCUGUAUAUGCUCACCUUCGGCAUCUUUGUCUUGGCGGGAUCUGUUCCAGGAAGUAGUUAUAAUGAUAAUGCAACUGAUCCGGUCGCCCUUCAAGCAUUCCAACUGAGCUGUCGUUUUUCAAUGACGGUGUUCUUUCUGGAUACGGCCUUGGUUGUUCCGUGCCAAUGCCUGGUGUCUCUGGCAGAGUGCUGGGCUUACAGUCCAACCCGUGGUGAUUCUGCGACUUCCUUCAUCUUUGCCCAGCUUGUGGUGGUGAUCAUAAACGGAUCGCUCUCUCUGGCGCUGGAAUUGUGUGUUCGAUCCCACCUUCGCGCCUCACUGGCGUCGGCAGAUGCAGAAUCCAUGGUGCAGGGCUUCCGACACGUCCUUCGCGGCAUCUGCGAUGGCGAGGUGUUGCUCGACAGCAAGAUGCAGAUCUGCGGGGAGGGGAAGUGCCUCCAGCACCUGCUCAUGACGGGAGCCAGCCUUCAGGGCCGAAGCUUCGUGGACUUGAUUUGGGAGGAGCAGAAGCGGGAGUUUCACAAGUUUCUGGAGGUGAAGGGCUCCGAAGAAGCGGCGCCGGCUUGUCUCCGCGCCUCGCUCCGGGGCUCUUGCAGCAUUCGAGUGGCGGUGGAUCUCUUCCAUGUGCCCUUGGAGCUCUACGGGGAGAAGCAUCACUUGUUCGCCUUUCGUGAGGACGGGGAGCUCAGGGAGGUUCAAAGGCAGGCCGUGGAAGGAAUGGAUGUGGAAGCGUCCAUGUUGGGGAGGAUGCCAGGGGCAGAGGCACCUUCGCACCCCUCGCAGCCCUCGCACUCCCAGAGACAAAAUGACCCGGGUUCCGGGUGUUCAGACAGCUCUGUUGGUGCUGGAUGCGUGUUCUCGGCAUACCCUGCCCUCUCAGAAAUGACCUUGCUGGUUGACACAGCCACGCCGAAGUGUGACGUCCGACAAGCACAUCUAAAGUACCGAGCCGAUCGAGAGCGAGACAGAGAGGAGGGCCAGGCUUCCCUUUCCUCGCCUUCUCUGAGAAAGCUGGUGCUUCCCCUGGACUGGGAGACGAUCCGCUCCAGGGCCACACGCUAUGUCCGGAAGGCUCAGCAAGGCCGAGCAGAGCCCAAGAACGUGCACGGGAUACGGCUGAGGACAGAAAGUUCACGGAAGCUGGUCAUUGCCAAGACUGCCACGUUGCUCCCUGCCCAAAAAGACCCAGCCUCACUUGUAUGGGUGCACCUCUUGGAUUUCGUGGAAGAUAGCUCCAGAUGCAGACAGCCACCAGAUCUCGCCGGCAUUCGCGAAUUUCGGUCCGCGACUGGCGUCUGCAAAGCAGCAAGCGAGCCGUGGAAGAUUUUCCAAGAAGAUCCUCGAUUCAGGACGCUGAAAAUACUGGAGUCCAGAUCGCUUCAUAGGCCGCAGGCAAACUGCUCCCACACCAUGGUGCUCACGAAGGGACGCUGCAAAGUCAGAAUGCUGGUGCAGCUUGUCCAGAGAGACCUCGGGGAGGAAAGUCUCCGUCGCGGGAUGAAGCCGAGGCAGACCAUGGUCUUCUGCAACACCCUCUCCUCUUGCAAGUCAGUUGGCUACCAGCUGAAAGAGAAGUACAGCCAUGUGCAAGAGAAGAUCGGCAUGCUGCACAAAGAGAUGCAGACGGUCGACCGACGAGAGGUUCUGCGGAAGUUCGUUGAAGGCGAGUACAAUGUGCUGGUGACCACGGACCUGGCCCAGAGGGGUUUGGACCUCCCAAAUUGCGAGCAUGUUGUGAACUUCGACUUCCCACUCAAUUCCAUUGACUACCUCCACCGCGCUGGCCGUACGGCCCGAUUCGGCGAGCCGGGCAAGGUGACUUCCUUGGUGAAGAAGGGUGACAAGUACCUUGCUAAGGCCAUUGAGCGGUGUGUCCAGCUGGGCAAGCCCAUCAACGAGUUGCGGAAGCCUCAGUACAACACAGCAAUCGGUGCAUACGGCCGACAGUCGAGAUGGCUCCAGUCUCUGUGUCUGCUCAGUGCACUUCUUCAGCAAGGCUUGCGGGCCACGAUGGUCUCAAGGAGCGCCGCACUCGGCGCUUGCUCCAAAGCAUCCAGGUGGCAGGCGGGCCUCUGCCUUCUGCGAAGCAUCGCGGCUUCUGGCCAGCAAGCCAACGCGGUGCCCUGCAACGCAGCCAUCAGCGGCGUGGGCAGCGUCCGCGGUGCUUGGUACCGUAGUCGCCAUCUCCUCGAUGACAUGCGCUGGCACACCGUCUUUCCCACAGUCGUCACCCUUGGUGCUCUGAUUGCCAGCUGCAGCUUGCAUGCCUUGUGGUCAGCAGCUCUUCGCUCCGUCGCAAUGAUGCAAGAGCUGCAUGUGCAGCCGGACCUCGUGGCCCAGAACUCCCUCAGCGAUGCAGCCGCAGCCGCUGCUAACUGGCCUUUGGCAUCGAAGCUGAUGGAGGAGAUGCGAGAGGCUCGACUCCGACGAGAUGCCGUCGGCAUGACGACUCUGUUGCAGGCCUUCGCCGAGGGAGCUCGCUGGCACCGGGCCCUCAAUGCAUGGGCCGGAUUUGCCCAGGACGGCAUGUCCCGGAAUGUCAUUCAGCUGAAUUCCGUGACAAACAGCUUGGGCCGAGGCCAGAAUUGGGAGCAGGCCACACAGACAACUCGCAGCAUCCGGGAAGCUCUUCGCCCAGACGCCAUUACGCUGGCCGCGAGUUCAGCCGCCUGCGGUGAAGCUCUGCAGUGGGAAGCCGCAAUGCAGCUCUUUGCCUUCCACUUCUGCUCAGGAGCAGCUCUCACAGCUUCCUGUGCCACCACGGCCAUGGCGGCCGCCAGGCGCGCCGGGCACUGGCGCCGGGUCUUGGGCAUUUCUGCGGCGCUGGGGCGCUGGCAGGUGGCCGAAGACCUCGUCUGCUUCACGGAGCAGCUCGCGGCCUUCGCCGACUCUUGCAGGUGGCGGAGCGCUGUGGCGGCCUUGAGGGCGCAGGCUUCCCGGAGCCUGCGACCUGACACCACGGCACUGAACACGUGCCUGGCAGCCUUCGGAUCCACUUGGCGCAAGCUUGUGCUGCAUCUCCAAGAAGCUUGCGCCCAGGGCUCUGUGGAUGCCGUGAGCUUCCACUGCGCUGCCAGCUCUUGCGCUGCCGCUGGCGAAGUGGGCGCUGCACUACGACUGGUUGAGCAGGGGCGCUCACAAAGUUUGGACACCGAUCCCGUCGUGCUGGCGGCUGCGGCUCUCACUUCAGCACCGCCGCAGCUUCUUGCUGCGCUGCGUGCACCAUGUCUCGAUCGUUUGCGGAGAACCGACGCAAAACAGUGCAGUGACUGCGCGUCGACAAAACCUUUGCCUGAGUGCACGAUGUGUGCGCUUCAGGUCUUCAGACAAGCGAGACUACCUGCGAGGAGGACCAUCGUGUACGGGGCUCCCAGCAUUGUUAGUGCUUCAUUCGCAGACAAGACAGAGCAACCUGCUUGCCCCGAUUCUUGA